AUGGUGAGACUGAGAGAUGUGUUAAAGAGUGAAGCAGAAAGGUACACGAAAGGACUGGUGGAUAUUUAGUAACCUCCCAUGUAGAAUACUAGAGCAUAAACUCCAGGCAGUGUAGUUAUAGUGGCUGCCAUUAACAUAGUAAUGUCAUAUUUUUUUUUAAAUCUUUUUAGAAACCGGUUGAAGAUGCAAUAAUAAAUCAUAAUUGAUACUGAAUUAUUAUUUUUAUUAGAUGGAAAUUUUUAUUUUUAAUCGAUUAAAAAAAAUCAUAAUAAAUACAGCAAAAAACAAAUGUGAGGAAGGCUGAACUUGAUGGACGCAAAUCUCUUUUCAGCUAUGUAACUAUGUAACUAUGUAAUUGUAUUACUUUUUAGAUAGAAAACCUUAAUGUUCCCUUAAAAUCUUAAUAUUUUAUUCCCUUACACAGGUAACUGCAACUGACAGUGUCACUAAUGAAUUAGCUACCACGUCAGUCACAGUGGAGAUCACCCCAGGUAGGAUUUCCUGAACAAAUAAUUUAUUCUAUUCUUGAUUUUAAAAAAUGAAAAUAAAUAUUCUUACAACUGAACUCCAUCCAACAGUUGUAAUUCAUAUGUCAAUGCUUUAAAUGGGCAUUCUAGAACCCUAUUGCACUUCAGCUUGAUUAAAAGCUUUAUUUGUGAAGAGUCCUCUUCUUUUCCAUUUUAUAAAAAGUACAAAUUUCAACAGAAAUACUUAAUUUUAUGAAUUAACCUUGCAACCUUGCCACCACACCCCUCUGGUUGUCAAUCAAACAACCAGUCCUUUAACUUCCUGGUUGUUUAGCUCAGUUGAGCAAAAUUCAAAAGGCAGGUACUUGCUCAGAUCACCGUCUUGCAAAGACUUCUCAUUGAGCUGCACUGGAAAGUUUUUGAUUGGACAGACACAGAUAGCCUGGGCUGGGUUAGGAGGGGAGGGCUUGCAAAGGCUGCAAACAAGAGUUCUGCAGCUUUUACAAGCUACUUUAGAUAUACCUUUUGUAAAAUAAAAAAUGCAUAAUUAAAUAUGUGUAUAUUUGGGAAUAUUUGCUUAACAGUGAUUCAUAUUUGGGAAGUGCAGUGUUUCUUAACCAUCAAACUUAUGUUUCUGUCCAUCAAACGUAUGUUUCAUAUCAUGGAUCAUUAUACAGUAAUAAGAGAUAAUAUCAUGAAUAGAAAAAAAAUACAGAUAGAAAUUUUAUGAAAUACUCAUUUUGAUUGUGUUGGAAUUUCACUGAGAUUUCCAACCAGUCAAGAGAUGUACUGAGACUAAGUAUGGACUACUUUGUCUCUGUAUAUUUCCUCCAUCUGACUUUUUUAGACUCUGGGCAGAAGUACAGUGUCAACCUCGACAGCUGCCACCAGUGUUGGCUGCAGGGAAUUGGCUCUGCCUAUCAUGGUCUCACAGGAUCCUCCAUAGACCUCCACGGUGUACUUUGGCUAAUGAAGAGGAGCCACCGGAACAAGAUGGGAGCAAGAAGUAAAUCUCACCUUUACUUGCCUUCGCCAGGGCAACGGAACCCCAGUGAUAAUGUCACCGUUGGUGGUCUUUGCGAAUUGGGCAAAGUCCCCAGACAGUGACAGUGCUGCUUUCACAGUUAUCAAUUCUAUCCUAAGUUUCACUAUCAAUGAUGUCGAACCUGGAUGUCAAUAACUGGCUGAGAUGACUGGGUUAACCAGACCCCAAAGUAUUCAGCCUUUCGUUACAUCAAGGUUGAACUGAAUUGAUAUUGAUCAUGUGGAUCAUGCAUUUCUUUAAGUCAGAAGGUAGCUUAGUGUGAGAUUUCUCAUUUUUAAUGUAACAAAUUGAUCAUAAUUGAUACAAACUAUUUUAGGGGUGCUCUUUAAUUUAAACAAUCUUAAAAUCCUCCCCUUUGCUGUUUUUGGCUUACAACUCCCACAGUAGCAGUACCUGGAAAAGGCCAUAAAAUAGUUAAUAUUUCUGGACAUCAUCAUUAGUAAAUUGUUUGCUGUUUUAUCUUGAAAUUGCUGUGAGAGGAAAAUACUGAAGUAGAAUUGAUUAUUAAAAUACAUUUGCUUACACUGAUAGGUUCAUUUCUGCACAAUUAGGUUCACUGAUCAACUGAUAAUAAGUAACCAUUAGAGGGAAAACGAGAGGUAGCAAUAAAAAAAUAUAUUUUUAUAUAUUCUAUAUUUAUUAAAUAUAUGAUAUAUAAAUAUAGUUUGAGGGAUUUUUGUUUUUAUUCUUCCUCCUUUUUUUGCAUCCGUUGUUCACUUCUCACUUGAUCUGUGAAUAAAAUCAACAUUUAGUGGCUGUCCUAAAACCAUCAUUUAUCUUGUUUUUUGGCGCCAUGGUUAGAAAUCCGAGUCACAAAUCAAACAAAACGGUUUGUUAAUUGUCGUUUUGUUUGCCUCGUGAUUCAUCCAUAUGAAAGUCUAUUUCAGCGUUACGGAAUAUAAAAGACCCGCCAAUUGCCCAAAAUUUGGACAAAUUGCAAUUAGUUUGAAACCAAAAGCACGUGUCUAAUCUUUGGUAUUAUAAAAUUAAUUAUCACAAUGAUGUCUAUAGAAAUAUGUACAGUCAGUGAAACUAUAUAGUACAACAGGAGUAAUAUGCUGCCAUUCCUAAGCAAAGUUGAUACUGCCAGAUAUAAGAUUAUGGAAUACAUUCUUAAAAUCUCUUAAUUUUUAUUUAGGCAUCACCACACCUGCACCAACUACUACUACUCCUAUGAUAAGUACUACUACUGGAACACGCAGUACUACAAGUUCUAUUAUUGGAACAGGCACCACUACAAGUGCCACUCCUGGAACAGGGACAACAAUAAAAACCACUUCUGGAACAGGUACCACUACAAGUACCACUCCUGGAACAGGGACAACAAUAAGAACCACUUCUGGAACAGGUACCACUACAAGUACCACUCCUGGGACAGGAACCACUACACGUACAACUCCGGGAACAGGAACCACUAUAAGUACAACUCCUGGAACAGGGACAACAAUAAAAAACACUCCUGGAACAGGUACCACUGGAAGCACCACUCCUGGAACAGGAACUACAAUAAGAACCACUUCUGGAACAGGAACCACUACAAGUACAACUCCUAGAACAGGAACAACAAUAAAAACCACUUCUGGAACAGGUACCACUACAAGUAUCACUUCUGGAACAGGAACCACUACAAGUACAACUCGUGGAACAGGAACAACAAUAAAACCGACUACUGGAACAGGCACCACUAGAAAUAUUACUCCAGGAAUAGGCACCACUGCUAGUACUACUCGAGGAACAGGCACAACUACAAGUACAACUUCUGGAACAGGCACCACUACACAUACCACUCCUACUACACGUGGAACAGGUUCAACUACAAGUACCACUCCUAGAACAGGAACAACAAUAAGUAUCACUCCUGGAACAGGCACCUCUACAAGUACCACUCCAGGAACAGGCACUACCACAAGUACUACUCCUAGAACAGGCACAACUACAAAUAAAGUUCCUGUAACAGGAGCAGCUUCAAGUACUACUUCUGGCACAGGCACAACAACAAGUACCACUAGAGGAACAGGCACCACAACAACUAUAGCUCUUGGAACAGGCACAACUAGAAGUACAACUCCAGGAACAGGCUCCACCAUAAGUACCACUCCUGGGACAGGCACCACUAAAAGUGUAAUUACUGGAACAGACACAGCUACAAGUGUCAGUACUGGAACAGGUAUGACUGCAAGUACAGCUAACGAAAAAAACAACCCUACAAGCACCCUUACUUACCACUUCUACUACUAA